AUGAGCGGCUGGGAUCAAUACUUUGCGCAUCAGCAGAGUGGCUUCAAUCUCGCUGGGCUCCGCAACCAAUUGGAUGAUCUGGCAGUGACGGCGUUUGCCUCCAAAGACUCGGAGACGCUCUUUGAUGUACUGGAUAUUGACAACAACAACGACAACAAAUUCCACGCAAGCAUCGUCAAGGAAGAAGAUGACCUCAGUCACGUUCUCGACACUGCGCCCACCGCGGGCAUACGUAUAAUCUCCAUAUCGUCGGCCAGAACCAUCAACCCGCUGCGGAUCACCUCGUCAAUAGCCGGCAAACUAUUCGAUAGGUAUCAAGUGCGUGCUGAGUUCCUACGAGUGCUCCUGUCCUUCGGCGACGAGCCUCACCAGUCCGAGGCCGGCAGCGCCAACAGCAGCUUUGUGCCUCAGGGCAAUGACGCAUACACGCUACUCUACAAGCUCAAUUUCGUGGAGCGGAACGACCGAUCCGGUCCCGACGCGUGGUCCUUCCGGCAUGUUGGUGUCUACCACCAGCACACGCCCGGCUUCGACCUCUUCAUACUACUGCACUGUCAGCCCGCUAGUGAGCUGGCGGAGACGCUCCGGGAUCUCGUCGAGGAGGAGGAAGAGACGGAGUGCUCAGAGGAGCUCGACGACAAGAGCACUCCGACGGUCAACGUCUUCAAGCGAGACCUUUGCUCGCAGCCGGCGAUGCUGCACCAUUAUAUCCUAUCCUGUUACCUCGACAACUGGCGGGCAUACCUCCGCCAUCUAGGUGACAGAUUCUCUAAAGUGCUCAAUACAGCUAUGGUACCUCAUGCCAAGAUGGACCACAACGUCUGGGUGACCUUCAAGAGCGUACGAGAGCUGAGAAAUACCAAUGAUCUCGCCCUCUUCGCCAGCGCCUGCUGCCAGAGCAAUCUUGAGGUCACGGGCUGCAUCCUCUCUACCGGGAGGUUCCUGGCCGCCGAAUUCCAGUCCAUGGAGACCAUGCUACGCGGAUACAUCGACAGCUCCGCUGUGCUUCGUCAAAGAGUGGAUAACACGGUCGAGCUAGCAUCGUAUACGCUCUCGCUGCAUAAUCAGCAAGAGCUGCAGCUCCUCACCCGCGAGAUGAAGACACACAUUAAGAACACGGGCGAUGUAACGCUCAAGCUAAAGGACCUGACUGAGAACACGGUGGACGACAGUGCCAUCGUACGUAUCAUCACCAUCAUUUCUGCCAUCUAUCUUCCGGGCAGUUUCGUCGGCUCAUUGUUCGGAAGCAACUACUUUUCCUUCAACGAGAAGACCCGCAAGAUUGCCAUCGCGAGGGAUUUCUGGGUUUUCGUCCUCGUCUGGCUCAUUUUCACGGUCUUUACGGUGGCUGCUUACUUCUACACGUACAUACGGAAGAAAAAGAAGAAGGCGACGAGGGCCCUGAAAGAUCUCGGAGAUGACGUCGAUGAAGACCAGGGUAACUACAACAAACCUUCUCCUCUUUCUCCUCCUUCCGCCAGGCAACAUGCCGUCGAAAGUAGGCCCCCACCAUCGCCAUCCCGCCGCUUUCCCAUCACUCGAAAGCGCGGCUGA